UGGAACAGGUCAUGGGAUUGGUAAGGAGAUGGCGAUUCGGUUUGCAGCACUUGGUGCCACCGUCGUGUGUGUUGAUAUUAACGAUACCAGCAAUGAGGAGACUGUCAAAAUGAUACAGGCACGGAAACAGAAAGCUUUUAAAUAUCGAUGUGACGUGACAGAGCGGUCAGCGGUGAUGCAGUUGGCAGAGCGGGUCCGGAAGGAGGUGGGAGACGUGGCAGUGCUGGUAAACAACGCGGGCAUGAUGCCCUGCAACCCGGUUCUGCAGCAGACCGAACAGGAGAUCACACUGAUGAACAAGCUCAACAUCAAUGCUAACAUUUGGAUGAUUCAAGCGUUCUUACCGGUAAUGGUGCAGAGGAACUAUGGCCACAUAGUGGCAAUGUCAUCGAUGGCUGGUCUCCAGGGUAUCAAGAACCUGGUUCCGUACUGCGGCUCCAAGUACGCAGUCAAAGGUAUCAUGGACAGCCUUGCUGUGGAGCUGCGGAGCGACCCUAGGGAUCUCAGUGGAAUAAAGCUGACUACAAUAUUCCCCUACAUCAUCAACACUGGCCUCUGUAAGAAACCUCGCAUCAGGUUCAAGAAUCUGAUGAAGGUGGUGGAGCCCGGUGAAGCAGCCGAUAUCAUCAUCAACGCAAUGAGGAGAGAGUACACAGAGAUCAGUAUCCCACAGGACUUGCAUUAUCUCAACAGAUACAUAUACCGUCUGUUGCCACUCGAAGCUGGCUGCACCUGGAUGGAUUUCAUUGACGCUGGAGUUGAUGCUCACGGCUAAACUGAAGCUAAACGUUUUGUCAUUAUAAAGUGAGAUUAUUUUUGCAUAAGGUUCUUGUUAUUAUAAUUAUAUACUUUUGCAGUG